AUGGAUACCAUUCAGAACACAGUGAUUACCCCCCUUCAGCCUUAUUUGACGCCUAUUGUCUCGGCCAUCCCCGAGCUAGUGCAUGAUGCCGUUGUGUCCUUGAUUGGAAAGUCUUGCCACAGCGCACUGUUGGUCGAUCUCGAUGUCACUAAGGACCCUGCUUGCACAUCACUCGCCAUUUCCAAGGCCCUUGGUAUUGCCAUCGUUGGUGCCAGUGCAGUCGUCAAAAUCCCGCAGAUUUUGAAGUUGAUCAACUCCCGCUCCUCCGCCGGUGUCUCAUUCGUCUCUUACGCCCUCGAAACCGCCAGCUUGCUCAUCACUCUUUCGUACGGCGUGCGAAACCAGUUCCCAUUCAGCACCUAUGGCGAGACCGCUCUCAUCGCCGUGCAGGAUAUCGCUAUCGGUGUUCUGGUCCUGAACUAUGCCGGACGCUCCGCCGCCGCCGCGGCUUUCAUCGCUGUCGUAGCUGCCAGUAUUUAUGCGCUGUUGUUCGACCAGACCCUGGUGGAUGCGCAAACCAUGGCCUACCUUCAGGCUGGUGCGGGUGCUUUGGGUGUUGCUAGCAAGGCACCUCAAAUCUAUACCAUCUGGCGUGAGGGAGGAACCGGACAGCUUAGUGCAUUCACGGUAUUCAACUACCUCAUUGGAUCCAUGUCCCGAAUCUUCACGACCCUCCAGGAAGUUGACGACAAGUUUAUCCUCUACGGAUUCAUUGGCGGCUUCUCCCUCAAUGUGAUCCUCGCGAUCCAGAUGAUCUGGUACUGGAACGCCCCGGCGCCCAAACAGAAGGCCGCCGCUCCUCGCCCAAAGGCAGUUGAGAAGGCACCAUUAGCCCAGAGCACGGGAGCGUCUCCCAGACCUAGCGUGAAGACACCCACCACCCGCCGCCGGGGUUAG